AUGUCUUCUCACAAGACUUUCAGAAUCAAGCAAUUCCUGGCCAAGAAACAAAAGCACAGUCCUAUUCCUGAAUGGAUUAGGAUGAAAACUGGUAACAAAAUCAGGUACAACUCCAAGAGAAGACACCGGGGGAGAACAAAGCUGGAACUCUAA